UGGAAUUUGCUACCAAGGAGUGUGGUGGAGUCUCCUUCUUUGGAGGUCUUUAAGCAGAGGCUUGACAGGCAUAUGUCAAGAAUGCUUUGAUGGUGUUUCCUGCUCGGCAGGGUUGGACUGGAUGGCCCUUGUGGUCUCUUCCAACUCUACGAUUCUAUGAUUCUAUGAUUCAGCUGCUAUGAGAACAGAAUGCUGGACUAAGUGGGUCACUGGCCAGAUCCAGCAGCCAGGCUCUUCGUAUGUGCUAAUGGAGCCUCCAGGUCCAGAGGAAGUCUAUCGUGAGUCCUCGGUCCUUAUGGGUAUUUGUGAGAACAGAAUGCUGGACUAGACGGGCCAUUUCCCUGAUCCAGCAGUGUUCUUGUACUCUUAUAGAACCUCCAGGGUUCUAUCUCAAUUCCCCAGUCCUUGUGAGGACAGGAUGCUGUACUAGGUGGGCUGCUUCACCACCUUUUUGGCUCCCGCUAAACUUGGGGUCCCCCCAGACCCCUGGAUUUCAGGUCCUGUGAGAUCUCCAAGUUCACUGGAGAUCGAGCACCCAAGCUCAGCCUCCGGUGACUCACUGUUCAUUUGGGGCAGAUUUCGGCAAAUUAUUAUGGCCUGUCGUGCCCUGGGGCCUGCUUGCAAAAGAGCGACUCGCCCUACAGGCAUUUCUGGUCCCCCGUUGAGAAACUGUUGUCUCCCGGGGACUGUCUGGGUGGCAGAACCAGUCGUGGCUCUGCGCUCUGGCAACCUCCCCAGAGGACAGAUUUAUUCGUAUUUUCUCUGGAAAUGGUUUUUUGGUCCCGUUUGCAAAAUAAAAAAGUCACUUCUUCCUCCAGAGGUGGCAUCUCACGCGGAGCAGAACCUGCCAAAAUCAGCUGGUGUGGCUCACUGAGCUUGCUCUGGUUUCGGUGAGUCUACUCUGAAUAGCGGUCGCCCUGAAUUUGGCUACCCAAAAGAUUUAAACAGGACAGGUUGAUGUAGCCAAAGCUACCUUCUGCUGAGCUAGACCAUUCGUGGAACAGUAGAGAUGGAAGGGACCCCAGGGGUCAUCCAGCCCAACCCCCUGCCAUGGUUCAUAUCUAGCUGAGAUUUGUGGAGGCAGUGGUGGCGCAGUGGUUAGAGUGCUGGACUAGGACCAGGGAGGGACCAGGGUCCGAAUCUCCCUGCUCAGCCCCACAGAGCUCAUUGGGUGAUGCCUUAGGGGCUAGUCGCUCACUCUGAGCGUGACUUUGAGAACCAGUUCACAACUAGGAUUCACAGCUAGAUUAUCAGAACUAUACAACAGGGUCAUGGGUUUGAGUCCCAUGUUGGCUGAUAGAUUCCUGCAUUGCAGGGGGUUGGGCUAGAUGACCCUCGGGGACCCCUUCCAAUUUGACGAUUCUGUGUGAAACGGCUGGCCUCCUCUCCACACAGGACUGCCCUGGGUGGACCUCGCCUCAUGUUUGGCCACCUUGGGUUGAGUGCAAAGAGGCUUGUGGCAAUUUCCACCUGCAAAGAAACCAGCUUAGCUGCAUUCUGAACUAGCAGAAUGUCCUGGGCUGUAUUUUUAUUGGGGCCAGUUUUGUGUGCAAUGCAAAGGCGAAUGCUGUGGGGUGGGUGUGCUUGGAAUGUGACUUGAGGUGGGGUCCCUUUCUUGACGCGGGCUCUGGUUUUGUUGCAGCCCUGCAACAUUCCACCGGUGACAGGAGAAGAACCUGAUGGGAUCAGGCCAGCUCCUGCUCUCACAGGUGCUCAGAGUAAGCUGUGGAACUCCCUGCCGCAGGAGUGGCCACCAACUUGCAUGGCUUUAAAAGAGGAUUGGCCAAAUUCAUGGAGGAGGAGAGGGCUAUUGAUGGCUGCUAGUCAGGGGGGCUGUGCUCCACAGUCAGUGGCAAUGUGCCUGGCAUCCCCAGGAGGGGAGAGGGCACUUUUGCUGGAAUCCUUCUUGCAGGGCACCGAUGAGAACAGAAUGCUGAUUUUUGGGUCUGAUCUAGCAAUCCAGCUCUUCUUUCGGAACCUCCAGGUCCCGUGACAGUCUAUCUGGAUUCCUCAGUUCUUAGGGAUCUUCAGCCCCUGAGAAGACUGGUGUAUUGAAUCAAGUGUAGAGUUGGAAGGAACUCUGAGGAUCAUCUCAUCCAACCCCCUGCAAUGCAGGAAUUGUUAACAGGGAGAAUCGUAGAAAUGUGGAGUUGGAAGGGACCCUGAGGGUCAUCCAGUCCAACCCCCUGCAAUGCAGGAAUCUCAGACAGAUGGCCACCCAGCCUCCAAGAAAGGAGAGCCCACCUCUUCUCGUGGGAGUCUGCUCCACUGUCGAUAAGCUCUUGCUGUUACUGUAAUAAACAAAAUUUGCCCUUAUUCCCUUAUGGGGUACACAAGAGCCCUUAUAGAGUCCUUUGUAGGUUCUCCAUCAGUAGGAGAAAAUAACAGAGGCCAACCGGAGAAAACUGAGAAGCAAAGCAGCUAGUAAGCUUGAUCUUUAUUGAACUGAUGCAACAGGGUGCCCCCUCUCACGCAGGAGAAAAGAGGAGGACCCAGAACAAAGGUGUGCCUGCCCUUAUAUAGACAUUUUGAAAUUCCCUGCCCUGGAGCGCAAGACCACCCCUCCAUAUAUCAUACAUACAUCACAGAAGGGGCGUCCUACAACAGAAAUCUGAGUGCGUAGUUUAUCUCCUGUCUAGCAGGUUACGGUACCUGUUAAUGGUCACUUUAUUGGAUUACCUGGGGAGCCUGGCCAGUCUUUUUGUAAUGAUAAAUACUGAGCCAGGUCACAGGCUCACCCUAUUCAUACACAGACAUGCCCUUAAGACAGGAUUUGUGAACGGAAAAAACAAUGGGGAGGCUUUCCAUUUUCCUUCGACCUCGCAGAGAAAUACGAGGUUAAUUUGGGAGGGACAAAAUGGUUUCAGGACUUUUAAUGUACUGUUUUCAGUCAUUGGUUUAUAUAUUUAUGUACGUGUUUGCCUUGUACAUUUAUGAACAUUUCUAAGACCUUAAAAUUCUUAUAACAUUAUAAAUAAGGAAGAGACACUACAGUACCUGCGUUUCUGAGAAAUGGCUGGCUGUGGAAGCAUUACAAGGAAAGACUUUGAAGCAGAUUGGUGACCAUUGCCUUCAAAAUUAUAGGCAGGGAUUUUAUUUUCCGGAUAAACAGGGCUCUGUUUAUGCACCUACAUGCAGACAGCUUUUAAUUGUUCUCUGAGACAUGGAGGAAAGAGGGAAAGCGGGACAUUCUGGGGUCAAGAGGGAAACUGGGACAGCUUCUGUAGUUCCAGAACUAUCCCUGGGAAACUGGGACCCUUGGAGGGUCUCCAACUGCCUCAUUGGGGCAAGACCUACUGGGGAGAGCUGCUCAUUAGGCUGGUCUGACUCAGUGCAAAGCAACUUCUGGCGUUCCAUUCAAACCCAUCCUUUUCCCCCCGAAAGCAUGAGGUCUAUAGAAUCAUAGAGUUGGAAGAGACCACAAGGGCCAUCCAGUCCAACCCCCUGCCAAGCAGGAAACACCAUCAAAGCAUUCCUGAAAGAUGGCUGUCAAGCCUCUGCUUAAAGACCUCCAAAGAAGGAGACUCCACCACUCUUCCUGGCAGCAAAUUCCACUGUCGAACAGCUCUUACUGUCAGGAAGUUCUUCCUAAUGUUUAGGUGGAAUCUUCUUUCUUGUAGUUUGAAUCCAUUGCUCCGUGUCCGCUUCUCUGGAGCAGCAGAAAACAACCUUUCUCCCUCCUCUAUAUGACAUCCUUUAAUAUAUUUGAACAUGGCUAUCAUAUCACCCCUUAACCUUCUCUUCUCCAGGCUAAACAUGCCCAGCUCCCUAAGCCGUUCCUCAUAAGGCAUCGUUUCCAGGCCUUUGACCAUUUUCGUUGCCCUCUUCUGGACACGUUCCAGCUUGUCUGUAUCCUUCUUGAAGUGUGGUGCCCAGAACUGGACACAGUACUCCAGGUGAGGUCUGACCAGAGCAGAAUACAGUGGUACUAUUACUUCCCUUGAUCUAGAUGCUAUACUCCUAUUGAUGCAGCCCAUAAUUGCAUUGGGUUUUUUAGCUGCUACAUCACACUGUUGACUCAGGUCUAGAAACUUGGCUCCUGCAGAAAUCCUCAGGUGCAAUCCCGAAAACCUGCUGGGAAGCCACUGCAGGGUCAUCUAGUCCAUCCCCCCCUCGACUGGUAAAUGACGCAGCUCCCUGUGUUUUGAUCAGUGAAGCACGCUGGGAUAAAUAUAUCAAAGCGAGCAUUUCCCAACUGGUCUGGGGUCUGUCUGUGCCUUUGCAAAGUCGAUGCAGGAAACCGAGUUAUUAAUGGCUUCCGGAAAGUGUCAGACUGGACUAGGAGGUUGCAAAACAGACCCCAAAAUAGCUAGAAAGGGAAGUGAGAGCGGAAGCAAUGGCUUUGGGUGCAAGCGGAGGCCAGGUGCAAGUCUCUAGGUAGGACUUUGUACUCUGGAGCAAAACAGGAGGACAGACGAGAAGAGGAAGGUUCAGUACAGUAUUUGGAACCGAGGAAUUAAAUUUGCCGCAGGGUGCAGGGAGUUCCUUUCUCCAAAACAGACCAAAGAGCUGCUGAAGUCAAAGAUGCAACUGGCUUGUUUCCUGCUGCUCCAGAGGGCAGGAUCCAAACUGGCAGAUUCAAAGGGUGAGGAAGGAGAUUCCGGCUUCUCAUCAGGAAGAAGUUCCUGAGGGUAAGAGUCCUUCAAUGGCAGAGUGGACUCCCAUGAAAGGCAGCGUUGGGAGGUUUCUAAGCAGAGAUCGGGGGGGGGGGGUGCACCUGACAGGGAUUCUCUAGCUGUGCUUCCUGCACUGCAGAGGGUUGGAUUGGAUGACCCUCGGGGAUCCCUUCCAACCCUCCAAUUCUACGACUCCAUUUCACCACCCUGAAAUGAUUUUUAAAGUUUCUUUUCUUUUUUCUUUUGCAUUUUGGGUAUCUGUUCCUUGCUGCCUUUGCACUUUGAAACGUCUCUGGACUGGUUUGCUGCGCAAAUUGUUUGCUGAGGCGUACUGCCAGAUAAGGGGUAGGUUGGGAACUCCUUUAAUUGGAGCCUGUGGCUUGGAGAAAGCAAACAGGGAGAUAACAAGCGCUUGGCACCAGUGGCUCUGUGGGACUUGUUGCCACAACACACACACACACACACACACACACACACACACACACACACAGAGAGAGAGACAAAGAGAAUAAUAGAAUAAUAGAAUCAUAGAGUUGGAAGAGACCACAAGGACCAUCCAGUCCAACCCCCUGCCGAGCAGGAAACACCAUCAAAGCAUUCUUGACAUAUGUCUGUCAAGCCUCUGCUUAAAGACCUCCAAAGAAGGAGACUCCACCACACUCCUUGGUAGCAAAUUCCACUGCCGAACAGCUCUUACUGUCAGGAAGUUCUUCCUAAUGUUUAGGUGGAAUCUUCUUUCUUGAAGUUUGAAUCCAUUGCUCCGUGUCCGCUUCUCUGGAGCAGCAGAAAACAACCUUUCUCCCUCCUCUAUCUGACAUCCUUUUAUAUAUUUGAACAUGGCUAUCAUAUCACCCCUUAACCUUCUCUUCUCCAGGCUAAACAUACCCAGCUACCUAAGCCGUUCCUCAUAAGGCAUUCUUUCCAGGCCUUUGACCAUUUUGGUUGCCCUCUUCUGGACACGUUCCAGCUUGUCAGUAUCCUUCUUGAACUGUGGUGCCCAGAACUGGACACAGUACUGCAGGUGAGGUCUGACCAGAGCAGAAUACAGUGGUACUAUUACUUCCCUAGAUCUAGAUGCUAUACUCCUAUUGAUGCAGAGAGAGAGACAGACAGAGAGAGAGAGAGAGAGAGAGAGAGACCGAGUCUUGGCUGGGAAGGAGGAAGAGGAUCUGGGAAUAAUUAUAACCGCAGGUGGAAAUGUCGCGACGUUGGUGCUACAAGGUGGAAGCUGCCGUCUUGGGUGUGGUGGGCUUCAUGGGGCUCUUCUUUCUCCUCCAGACAGACGAGGACCCUGCUGUCUCGAUGGAGCCCAGAGCCGCCACCCCAAGUCCAUCCACGUCUGCUGCCACCACCCAGCCCUGGCGCAACCCCGCUGCCGAGUGCCGCGAGAACGUCUCCGUGGCCAGUGUCCCUGGCUUUGCCGAGCUGCCGGGCCACAUCCAGGACUUUUUGCGCUACAAGCACUGCAAGGCGUUCCCGCUGCUCCUGGACUUGCCGAAGAAAUGCGGGCGCCCCGAGUUCUCGCACGAGGUCUUCCUCCUGCUGGCCAUCAAGUCCUCUCCUGGUAACUAUGAGCGCCGUGAGAUCAUCCGCAAAACCUGGGGCCGUGAGCGGACAUUUGAGGGCGUCCACAUCCGCAGGGUCUUCCUGGCGGGGGUCCCGGGGAAUGCCCGCGAUGCCCGCAAGCUUGGCCAGCUGCUGAAGCUGGAGACGGAGGAGCAUGGGGACAUCCUACAGUGGGGCUUCCAGGACAGCUUCUUCAACUUGACACUCAAGCAGGUCCUCUUCCACGCCUGGAUGGAGGCUCGCUGCCCGGGCGUGCGGUUCGUCUUCAACGGGGACGACGACGUCUUCGCCAACACGGACAACAUGGUGCGCUACCUUCUCGGCAUCCCGGGUGCGGGCGAUGAGCAUCUCUUUGUGGGGCAGCUGAUCACCAAUGUGGGCCCCAUCCGCGAGAAGUGGAGCAAGUAUUACGUCCCCGAGCAGGUGACCACCUCCAAGUCGUACCCGCCCUAUUGCGGCGGCGGUGGGCUCCUCAUGUCCGGCUUCACCUCGCGGACCAUCUACCAAAAAUCCCUGGGCAUCGAGCUGUUCCCCAUCGACGACGUCUACCUGGGCAUGUGCUUGGAGAGGGCGGGACUGGCGCCCGCCUCGCACAUGGGCAUCCGCACGGUGGGGGUGCGCGUGCCCUCCUCCAAGCUCGAGUCCUUCGACCCCUGCUAUUACAAGGAGCUGCUCCUGGUCCACCGAUUUGUUCCUUAUGAGAUGUUGGUGAUGUGGGAUGCCAUUCAUCAACCGGACUUGAUCUGCGGGAAGAAAGUUGUUCUCCCAAACCUCUGAGGCCUGGGGUGGGGGGUGGGGAUUUUGGAUGUGUGUGCAAAUGGGAGAAACUGUGAUGGAGGAUGCCCUUUUCCUUGCAGGAUUUGCUCCUCUCUCGAACUCGUCUCCUGCAGCAGAGGGCAAUGUUUCCUGGAGGGAUUUCCCACUCUCUCAAACUCUUCUCCCCUGGACAGAGAACCGCAGGAAGGGUGUGUGUUUCUGUAUUUGAGGGGCUGCGGCAGCUAUGGGUGGGUGGGUGGGGGG